CGUUAUCGCCCCCCAUCACCACAUCCGAGCUCCCCUAAUCAGUCUAACCGAGAUAUCGGGAGCAAGUCUGUCCAGGAAGCCUGCCUGCUCACAUGGAUGGAUUGAGUCGUGUUUUUUUCUGAAGCAGUGUUCGGUUGCGCUGCUAAAUCCCAUCCCCAACUUUAGAAAUUCGCCUUGCAUCACGAGAUCCGGACGGCACGCGACUCAGGCAGAAUUUUGGUCACCCGGCGUUCCGCACCGGAUUCGAUCGAUUCCUCUAUCCCGCUACAAAGGUCCGAUCUUUCUGUCCUUCGUGGUUGAAUUUCAUCCCUGUAUCAUCUUUCAGAUGCCUCGUCAUGGCGUUCAACUUCAACUGGUCGCCGUUAAUGGCGGAUGCAGGGUUCUACACCCGAGCGCAGGACCUGCUAACCACGGCACUGAAUAAAUCGCCAAAGCCUCCUAUCAUUGUCGAUGACAUCGUCGUAACGGAGUUGAAUCUGGGAUCGAUCCCACCAGAGCUGGAAAUAUUGGAGAUUGGCGAUUUGGCCGAAGAUCGAUUUCGCGGCAUCUUCAAAAUGUCUUAUUCCGGAGAUGCAUUCCUCACGCUGAAAACGCGCGUGCAGGCGAAUCCACUAAAUACCUACUUAAUCACUCGUCCCGCAUAUGCUUCUCCGAAACCACUUGCCGCUGCGUCGGGCUUAACAAUUCCGCUGCAAAUAACUCUUUCGAAUUUCAGACUCUCGGGCUUUGUUAUCCUAGUGUUUUCAAAACAAAAGGGUAUAACUGUCGUUUUCCGCAAUGACCCGCUUGAAUCGUUGAAAGUAUCUUCAACGUUUGACUCCAUUCCGUCCGUUCGCGAUUAUCUUCAAAGGGAAAUUGAAGGCCAACUCCGGAUCCUUUUUAUGGACGAGUUGCCAGCUAUCAUACACAGACUCUCGUUGCGAUUGUGGGUGCCGGAAUAUCGCGGUCUGGACGCUGAGGCGCGAGAAAGCCCCGCUGCAUCUGCGUCUGGUCCCGGGGAAGAUCCGCUCUUGAGCCCUCCAAAGGACCCGGUGGAUGCAUCAGGAAAUCUAUUAAGUUCGGCAGACAUUGCAUCCUUAUCUCUUGACUCCGGAGUUGAGAUGCAUUCGCUCUUUUCACAGAAGAACCUUCUACGCCUUGCCGCCCUGACGAAUUCUCAACGAACGCUAUCUCUUUUUACGCCUUCAAUUAGAGAAGUUGUCUUCAGAGCAUGGACCGGAUGUGCCGAUCAGGGCGAGGGUGCGGCUAGUGGGGUGGUUUCGCCAGGCAGCCCGGUUCUAUCCCGAACACAUUCCCACAUCUCCUCUCCUCUCUCUUCCUUGCAAGACGCGUCGAGCGUCCUAUCUCUUCAAAACCGCUCUACUACACCGGGCUCUUCUUUCAGCGGAUACGGGCUUAGCCUAGGCGCUGGUCGCCAUUCUAAGACCCGGCCAACCAGAAAGCGGAAGAAGCGGGUUGUAGAUCUACGAAAGCACAACAAACCUGCAGACGCUGAAAGCGUGAGUGCAGAUAGUACAUUUACAGAAUCCACCACUCCUCCGACUGUGUUUUCAUCCUCCGUGAUUCAAGAGGAAGCGAAUGAUGACCCGGUCACCCCACCUAUGUCACCUGAAACGACGAUGCGAAUUCCCAACCGUCAACACCGAUUCUCCACGUCUGAAGACAAAGGCAAGCUGCGGGCUUCUGUUGCGCAGCAACUGACCUACACUCAGCCUUCUCAUUCUACUUUGCAUGCACAACGCGCAAACCACUGUCCUAUGAUACCUCUCUCUGCUGAUGGUGCCAAAACAUCGUCACAGCAACAACCAAUUUCUCAUGGAUCCUACCUAGCUCCCCGGGAAAAAUCCCAUGAGGCCUCAUCUGCGUAUGAAUCGAAUGCGAACCGGUCAAUUACAGACGCCGUUCCAAAUAGCAGCAUAUUAGAGCAAGCUUGGAUGAUGAAAAUGGCGAAUGAGAUCGCCCGUCGGAUCCAAGAAGGCAAGUUUGCUGCGAAUAAUAACUACCCCGGCGCUUGGGAGCAAGCCAGGGCCCGCACCCCCCCUCCGGCUUACGGUCAAUAGUUGCCCUCCGCGACUCUGUAUCCCAUGAUCAGUUUCUAAUUAAAAGAAAAAACAAAGCAUGUCGUCAGCCACACACACACACAAAACACCCCACUCCGUUAAUCGGGCAGGGCAUAUUCUGUUUUUAAUUUUUUUUUGUCUCCUUUUUUUGGUGGUCGCCGCUCUGCCCGGUGUGUAUUUGUAUUCCUUGCAUGGCAGCCUUUUCUGUUGGUUCUGUGUUAUUAUCAAUUUAGCUCUUUGAGGGAUGUACUUUUCUUUACUGGACCCGGACUUGAUACCAGGCGUUUGGGAGGGCACAAAAAUUGGCUGAUUCUUCUUUUCCUUUUUUUUUUUUUUUUUUUUUUUUUUUUUCCUUGGGGGGGAAUCUAGGAUAUCACUAUACUGUACUCCGUAUUUAGUCGAGAUGAGGAUGCUAAGUCGCUCCUUUUGAACCUUUCCUUUGUCGAAUGUAACAUCCACAUUUCCUUACCUCCAACA